AUGCUUGGAUUUUUGCUUCAAUUUCCGAGAGCUUCUUCGAGGGACCAGCCAUGGUCAGGGAAGACACGGUGGCUGGAGCGACGAGUGGCACAUUCUAGCGGAGGACGUUCGAAAACGCUGCAGUCCUCGAGGGGUGGCCUCGGACGCUCUAGUAAGAAGCGCUGGGCCCUGAGCGGUACCCUGGCGGAUGCCAGUGGCCGUCCGAUCUCUGCAGGCCAGGGGGAAAUGCACAAUGGGGAGACGACGCUGGGACCCUCGGGAUCCGCGGCACCUACGACAACGACAGCAGCAGUUGUUGACGCUGCGAUCGGCGGCGGCCAGAACAGGUUGCCUCGGGAGCGACCCGUUUCUGUAGCCGUCGCGGGUAGGAAUCAGCUGUCGUCCCAACGCUGGUCAAAGAUAGUCUGCACGAUCGGGCCAAAAACUUGCUCGUUGGAGGCUAUCUAUCAACUUGCGGAGCAUGGCAUGAACAUAGCCCGACUCAAUAUGUCGCACGGCAGCCAUGAAUGGCAUCACAACGUCAUCGAGAAAAUUCGCGCUGUGAACAAGUCGGGAAAAUACAAUAUUGGCAUCCUACUGGAUACGAAAGGACCAGAAGUGCGUUCAGGUGACCUGAAGGCACCGAUCAAGGUCGCUCGAGGCCAACGCUUCAUCUGGACGGUGCGGCGCGAUAUACCACCGGAACAGCUCGCAUCUGAUUUUCCGUACAUUACGGAUGUAUCCUAUGAUGACUUUAUCAACGAUGUGAACGUGGGCGACAUCCUCCUCGUCGACGGUGGCAUCUGCUCUUUCGUCAUUGUGGAAAAGCGUGGACUUGAUGUCAUUUCAGAGUGCCUCGACGAAGGAGUGCUAACAAGUCGUCGGCACCUCAACGUUCGCGGCAAGUCGGCGUCUUUGCCGGCAUUAACAGAAAAGGAUUGGGAUGACAUUCGUUUUGGCGUCGAGAGAAACGUUGAUUUCUAUGCUCUAUCGUUCGUGAAGCAUGAGGACGAUAUCAUUCAGCUUCAGGAAUACUUGAGGGAGCACGCCCCCGGGCAAACACCUCUGGUUUUGGCAAAGAUCGAAUCUGCGCAGGCGAUCCCACGGCUGCGACAAAUCCUCGAAGCUGCCGAUGGAGCUAUGGUGGCUCGUGGUGACUUGGGCGCUGAAAUUCCCGUCGAGGAAGUGCCCAUAGUGCAGGAAGAAAUUGUCUACCUUAACCGGGCAAUGCACAAACCAACCAUUGUGGCCACACACAUGCUUGAAUCCAUGAUUGUAUACCCGACACCAACGCGUGCAGAGGUUACGGACAUUACGGAAGCGAUUCGACAAGGCUCAGACGCAACGAUGCUCAGCGGUGAGACUGCGAAUGGCUCGUAUCCGCUCGAGGCGCUCACGGUCAUGGAUACUGUAGCAAAGAGCGUGUUUCAUCAGGAGCAGGAAGGCCUCUUGUGUGCGGCGCUUUCACCAGUUGAGCGCAGCACAGGCGCCACGCUGGAAAGGGACUUGCUCUCGGAUCCAAUGGUCAGCAUGACAGAGGCUGCUGCGAGCCUUGCAACCGGCGUUGACGCUGCAUGCAUUAUUGUGUUCACCAAAAGCGGGCGUGUAGCGAGCCUCGUCUCAUCAGCGAGGUCGCGCUGCCCCAUCUACGCGUUUACGCCCAGCGAAAGCACCGCCCGCAAGCUCACUUUAUUUUGGGGCGUGACUGCUUUCAGCCUCGAGUUUUGUCCGGAUCCAGAGGUAACAGUACAUCGGUCUUUGGAGGAGCUGACCCGGCGCGGUCUGAUCCGCAAAAAUGAACUUGCAGUCAUCGUUAGUGAUCUGCUUGUACGCGAUGAUUUCAGCGUCGACAGCAUCCAAGUGCGCCGUGCCUAG